CUAUUAUUAUACUGCUACGAAAAUGGUUAAGGUCCAUUUGAGUAUGAUGCAAUAAAUAUUUUUAAAUGUACUAUAAUGUUAGAAUGCGCAAAUUGUUUGAAAUAUUUAACUGCAGUUACCAUCGAUCAUGUCACGAUAACGCGCUAAACACUAAACAAGUCGCUGCUGUAGUUCGAGUCCGGAGCACUUGGCGCGCGCACUAACUCCUCGAUAACUUGGAACAUAUACGCGUGGUGCCAACAAUCGAUAGCUGCUCGAUACCGAGGCUGUUCGAAAACAUCGUAACCGAACUGGACCGUAACUCACACACCGUAUUACCAGUAAAGAAAAUAAAACUUCGCAUGGCGGCGAUGAAAGGGUCGAUCGCGAUGGCCUCGCUGGUCUCGUGGCUGUCGGUGUGCACCAUCAUCCCGUUUGGCGACACUGCCCGAAUAUUGGCCGUCGAAACGGUGGCGGGCAAGAGUCACUGGUACUUCAUGAGUUCGGUGCUCAGGUCGCUGACGGAAGCCGGACACACGGUGACUGUUUUCACACCGUUUCCGGACGGCAAUCGGACCAACUACACGGAGGUGGACACGUCUCUCGAAUUCCCGAUGAAGCUCGACAUGGACGUGAUGCACAUGAUCCAGGAAAUUAGCAAUCCGAUAACAUUAAUCAAUAUCGUAUCCGGAACGAUCCGAUUCUACUGCGACGCGGUCUACGGCAACCGGAAGUUGGCCGACUUGAUAGCUUCCGGGGUACGCGACCGGUACGACUUACUCAUAAUCGAGCCGUUAGGCAUCGACUGCGUUUCGUACCUGGCYGACGCGCUCGGCCUGCCGGUGAUCUACUCGAUCCCGUCGCCGAUGACCAACUUCUUGGAACGGUCGUUCACCGGUCACCUGUCCAACCCGGCUUCCGUUUCCAACAUGUUGGCCGACCACGCCGUGCCCGGCACGUUCGUCCAGAGGUUGACCAACACGGUACAUCCCAAAGUGAAACUGUUUAUCAGUCACGGAGGUAUGUCCGGAGUGUACGAAGCUGUGGAUGGCGGGGUUCCCGUACUUGGAAUUCCGGUUUUUUACGAUCAACCGAGAAAUAUUGAACAUUUGGUCCUGGCYGGAAUGGCGAWAUCCAUGGACCUGUUGUCGACGACCAGAGAAAAACUGUCCAACGCCAUUUCCGAACUCAUCAACGACGAAAGAUACGCGAAAAACGCAAAAAUUGCUUCAGACCGAUUCAAAGACCGACCGAUGACGCCACAACAGACGGUCGUUUAUUGGACGGAAUAUGUGAUCCGUCACAAAGGCGCUCCACACUUGAGAUCUCACGCUCUGAACCUCACGUGGUAUCAAUACCUAUUGUUGGACGUAAUGGCUGUUGUGUUGGUUUUUGUUUUCYUAGUCACAUUCGUAUUAUUUAAGGUUUUCAAAUGUAUAAAAGGUUUUAGWAACGACAAAGUCAAAACUCAAUGAGUGCAUAKACAGUGUACAGUAACAGUUAACAAUUUAUUGUUAAUUCUAUAAAUUGUUUAUACCUACUUUUAUAGUCAUUUUAAGUUUAUGUUAUGUAUAUUGUGUAUUCAGAAACAGACGGAUCACUAWAAUAAAUAUGAGUUUAAAUGUUUGAUCAAAAAGAAAAAWAAUUCCAACAAUAAAAUGGUUAGUAGAAAUCGUUAUUUUUAACUUGGCACUUUACGCAUCGAUYUGCAUAUUCGUUCGGAAAAAUCUGAUUCAAUGCAUAACUUUUUUGUGGUGAUUGUAUGCAUUWGGUAUUUUUAAUAAAAAAAAAGAUUACACUGCGUAUUUUUGCAUAUUUUAAUUUUCUUACACAUUUUGAAUAUAUUAUGAGAAAAGUCUAUU